AUGACAUCAGAUUAUGCGGAUUUUCGCGACCCGAAUCGCCCGGUUCGGCGUAAAGGAGCCCUUAUGAAUUUUCGUACAAAGGAAAUCAUUGACAUUCAACCGAAAGAUAUACAUGGAAAGUGCCGUUACGUCUCUGCGUUCGAAAAAUGCAACCGUGUUGGCGAGGGUACAUACGGCAUUGUUUUUCGUGCACGUGAUUCUGCCUCGAACGAGAUAGUAGCCUUAAAAAAGGUUAGGAUUGAUCAAGACAUCUUCAAGGAUGGGUUUCCAAUAAGCGGAUUGCGUGAAAUUCAAAUUCUCAAAAAUUGCAACCAUGAAAACGUCGUACGGCUAAAGGAGGUUGUAGUCGGCAACAGCCUCGAGAGCAUCUUCCUCGUUAUGGAGUUUUGUGAACAGGACCUUGCCUCGCUUCUGGACAACAUGGACUCUCCAUUUUCGGAAUCACAAGUCAAAUGUCUCAUAAUUCAGCUGCUGAAGGGACUAAAACAUCUGCACUCGAACUACAUAAUACAUCGGGAUCUGAAAGUUUCCAAUCUUCUGCUCACCGACAAUGGUACUCUCAAAAUAGCCGAUUUCGGUCUAGCCCGGUACAUGAGCGAUUCAAAAAAACCGAUGACCCCGGGACUGGUAACGCUGUGGUACCGGCCGCCAGAGCUGUUGUUUGGUUCCGCACAACAAACCACCGCUGUGGAUAUGUGGGCCACAGGAUGCAUUCUAGGCGAGCUGCUUACCCACAAGCCGUUGCUACCUGGUACGAGCGAGAUAUCGCAGAUCGAGCUCAUCAUUAACCUGCUCGGUACACCUAAGUCGGCCAUUUGGCCCGAAUUCGACAGCUUACCGCUGGUGCAAAAUUUCACCCUUAAAGAACAGCCGUACAAUAAUCUUAAGAGCAAGUUUCCCUUUCUGUCUAAGGCCGGUUUUGAGCUGUUGAACAAACUGUUCAUGUACAAUCCGCAAAGUCGGGCUUCGGCAAAGCAAUGCCUGAUCAGCAAAUAUCUAAAUGAGGCGCCACUCCCGUGUGAUCCCAAGUUGAUGCCCACGUUUCCACAUCAUCGAGACAUGAAGAACAAACCUACGGAAAAAACAGAUGAUCAACGCAAACGUGUUGCUGGUUUCAUGAACAGUAAAUCCUCAUUCAAUGGAAACCACGCGUCAACUAUUUCGGAUCUACUAGGUUCACUUAUUAAGAAGCGACGCUGCGAUUAG